AUGAAUGAUGUUCCUGAAAUUGGGCAAACAUCAAAGAUGACAAGUGCUAGUGGAGACUACAAAUCCAAAGAUAAAAGUAUAAUUAGUAAUCAGUUCUCUAAAGAAAGAGCUCCUGUGCCGGCGCACAAAACAUUUUCAGCAAAUUUUGGACAUGGACUUGAAAACCUACCAAGAAAAAAAUCAGCAACGAAGAAACAACGGCAUUCUUGCAAAAAUAAAAAUGUAGAAAAAUAUCAUAAAUUGAAACGAUUGUGUAAGGAAUAUGACCAUAAAAAUUUUAUUCUUCAACAACAAAUAUGCGUGCUUAAAGAAAAAUUAUCGUCAUUACGAAGUUGCAAUGAAGAGUUUGCAUUAGAAAACGGUAAAUUAAGAUUAAAACUGAAUUCAUUAACUGAGGAUUUUGUGGAAAAUAAAAUUGACCCCACUAUUGAACCACGCACCGAAGAAAUUGAAACUCUCAAGACCCAAAUUGAUAAAUAUAAAUGUGAAAAUCAUCAACUAGAACAAGAUUUACAUAUGAUGAAGAUCUUAGUUUACAGAUUAAAUGUCCAAUUGGAAAGAUACCAAGAUAAACUUGCUAACGCUGCUGAUAAAAAUACCACAAAAGGUAUUCUUGAAUCUAGCUCAGCGUCUCAAACUCCGCUUCCUGAGCCUAUGAACUGGGGUCGAGUCAACACCCAUACUUUAGCUCCUCUUCUAAAUGCAUUAUCGCAUUCGAUUUGUGAGAAAACAGAAUUAAUUCAUAAAUGUGAAGAUACUAUGAACACAUUUACGUGGAAAAUGAAGGAAAUUCUAAUGGAGAAUGAACAUCUUCACAAUAAAUUGAAAGAUAUCGAAAUACUUAAAAAGCACGUAGUAGUCUGGAAAUCUCGAUCCGAAAUUCUGAUGCAGAAGAAUAACUUUUUGAAUAAGAAACUUUUACAAAUUCUGACAUGUUACGAAAAUAAGAUAAAAUCAAUGGCUUUGAGUUAUAAUAACUUAUAUGAGCAGUAUAUUAAGAUCAACAAGGAAGUUCAAGCCAAUUCAAUGCAAACAAAGGACUUGGACUUGGAAAAAUUGCAAGAAGAGCGCCAAACUAAAUCGUACACAGAUAGUGUAAAAUUGAAAGAGGCAAUAAAUUCUUUAGAAUAUGAAUUAUCAAACCUCAAAAAGAAAAACGACGAAAUAACGGAAAAGUAUGCUGCCGAAAAACAGAAUUCUGAGUAA